AUGGGUGAUCUAGUGAAUGAAGUUGAUCUGGUAGAGGAAUAUGAAAAUGAAAACUCUGUUGGGAUUAGCUUAGUAGAGGCCAUAUCUGAUAAUGAUAGAGACAUUGCCCAAAAUUCUCAGGCACUUAAUACUGUGUCUACUGAGGGCCCUUUCACAGAAGUUCAAACAAGGCGUGUCUUGAAGUUUUGUAAUGUGUCACCUCCACAUACUGGCCUUCUUAUUGCUGAUACUUUAGAAAAGUAUUUCCAAAAUUGGGGGAUUGAUAAUAAAAUUAGUUCAAUUACUAUUGACAAUGCUAGUUCUAAUGGUGUUGCCAUUCGGAUCUUGAAAGAUGAUUUUAGGUUGAAGAAAACACUGUCUGUAAAUGGUCAACUGUUUCAUGUACGUUGUUGUGCACAUAUAACAAAUUUACUUGUACAGUAUAGACUUGGGGUGAUUAGGGAUAUUGUUGAUUGUGUUAAAGAUGGUAUAAAAUAUCUGAUAACAUCAGAUAGUAGGCUAAAACAGUUUAGUGAAAUUGCAAAACAGUUACAAUUGCCCUCAAAGAAACUAAUUUUAGAUGUGCCUACAAGAUGGAGCAGCACUUAUUUAAUGUUGGAUGCUGCAAUUUAG